UUUCAAUCUACAACCUUAAAACCCAUUCCUAGUCGUUUCGAUUUCUCAAUACCAUCCAAAGGAAAUCUAAGAAAAAGAAAAAAGCCCUAGAUAUUUCCCCACAACAUUCCAUACGUAUAUAGUGUUAAUGGCACUCGUUAAUGACCAUCCCAAUGAGCCUACUUACAUCUCUAAACCAAAUUCUUCAGAAGACUCCUCGCCGGAGAAUUAUGCUUUAUAUCAGACAGACGUAGCUUAUACAGGCGGCGGCGGAGGAGGUUCGGAUUCAAGCAGUAGCACCAUGAACUCUGAUCAUCAACAUAAUCAAGGGUUUGUGUUUUACCCUUCCAAUGAAACCAUUGAAGAUCAUAUUUCUUUGAUGGAUUUCAACACUUCGUUAUUCCUUAGUUUCGAUCAUCUACGAAGCUUUACCCCUCCGGCAUCGGUCUUGGAUGGGAGCAUGAGUAACGGCUACACAGGUUGGAGUCAUAAUCAGUUCGAUAGUAUUAGCCCUGAUAGUUUCGGAUUGAGUAAACCAGCGACAAACCAUGAAAAUGGAGACUAUUCUGAUCCAAAUAUUGUUAACACUGGUUCAAGGCACGAGUCUACGUCCUUUAAACCCGCUGGAAAUAAACGUCCUUGCACGGGACAGAACACUCAAGCUUUAAAGAAGCCGUGUAGCGGUACGAAUGGGAAGGCCAAGCCCAAGGCAACAACUUCACCAAAGGAUCCACAAAGCCUAGCAGCCAAGGUUGAUUUGGUGACUAUGCUUGAGAAAGCAAUUGGCUAUGUCAAAUUUCUUCAAGUACAAGUAAAGGUACUUGCGGCCGAUGAGUUUUGGCCGGCACAAGGAGGAAAAGCUCCGGAUAUAUCUCAAGUUAAAGAAGCCAUUGAUGCAAUUCUCUCAUCAUCUCAACGAGAUAGAAUUAAGAAACAAAUUGCAGGAUAAUUAAUUAUGUUGCCGUCACAUUUGAAUUCUGUUUCAAAAUAGUUACUAAUACGUAACGUUAAGUUAUGUGAAACUCGAAAUUUUUUGGUUUAUUUUGUUUUUGUUUAAUAUGUAAGACCCAACAUUGAAGUCAUAUCUGUCAGAGACGUCGGUCCACACGAGGAUGUAAUCUUUAUAGUAGUUAGGUAUAGUUAUUAUUAUAUAUCUAUAUAUAUGUAUGUAUGUAUCAUCUAUUUUCUGUAAUUCUCUAAGUAAUGCAUAAUGUGAUUGUGCACAUUUUUGGA